AUGGCCUUCUUUUCCCUUCCUUCCUCGACUCACCCUAUCCAUUCUGCCCAAGUUCGCUGUUCCGCCUUAAAACCUUUAAUUUACUCAUCUUCUCCCGGCUUCUUUUCUCACGCAUUUCGACCAACUCGUGUAACAAACCACAAAACCCAUGCAGAAGCUAGUACAUGCAAAGCCCAAAAUGCAGACCAUCAUCAAAACCCUAGUACUGAUGACAGUAUUACUUCAUCCAAAUCCAACAGCAGUAAAACUUCAGCAGGGCAAUUUGAAAGAAGGGAUGUCCUUCUUGGCCUCGGAGGGCUAUAUGGUGCAACCACACUUGGCACCAAACAAUCAAGCCUUGCGCUGCCAGUUACACCCGAUAUUUCCAACUGUACCGAUGCCAGGGAUACUCCAAAUGGCAUACCGAUCAACUGUUGCCCUCCCUCCGCCGCGAGUUACAGUGAUUAUACACCUUCUGCUCGCGAAGUCUACACAAGAAUGCCGGCUCACACGGUCAGCCAUGACUACGUCAAAAAAUAUUCAUCUGCCAUUGCAAAAAUGAAGAACCUUUCUCUGAGCGAUCCGCGUAAUUUUUACCAACAAGCAAACGUCCAUUGCGUGUAUUGUGACGAAGGAUGGUUCCUUUAUUUCUUUGAAAGAAUUUGUAAAAACUUGCUCGAUGAUGAUACGUUUACUUUGCCAUUUUGGCAAUGGGACGAUUCUUCAGGCAUGCAAAUUCCACCCAUGUUUAACGACAGCAAAUUAUCCCUAUACAAUUGCAUCCGCAACCCAAAACACUUGCCUCGUAAAGUGGUGGAUUUAGCUUACAAAGGCACCGAUUCGGGCAUCGACCCCAAGACUCAAAUCCAGUACAAUUGUUGCACAAUGUACACUCCAAUGAUCACUCACUCGUCCGCGCCUGCGCUUUUCUUCGGACACCCACUGUUGGGGGGUGGUGAUCCCGAUCCAGGAGCUGGUUCCAUAGAAACUGAACCCCACAAUAAUGUGCACGAUUGGGUUGGCGACCCUUCCGAGCCUAACAACGAGGACAUGGGAGUCCUAUAUUCAGCCGGCCGAGACCCUAUAUUCUAUGCUCACCAUGCCAACGUUGAUAGAAUGUCGUACAUUUAUAACAAUGUUUUGAAACGCAAAAAUAUUGAAGACCCAGAUUGGUUAAAUUCCUCUUUUAUUUUCUUCAAUGAAGCGGGAAGACCCGUUAGAGUGACGGUUAAGGAUUCCACAAAUCUCACCAAGCUUGGAUAUACCUAUCCUGACUUGCCACUUUCUUGGUUAGAUCGUAAGCCAAAAGCGCGUAGAAAGGGCCUGAACCUGACAAAGGUGUCCGCACCUAAGGCUAGCGAAGUGCUGCCAAUAAAAUUAGAGAAACCCAUCAGCUUCGUGGUUGAGCGGCCUAAGAAGUCAAGGAGUGGACAAGAGAAAGCAGAGGCAGAAGAGGUGCUUAAGAUUAAGGGAAUCGAAUUUGAUAAAGGAGAAACUGUGGUGUUCGAUGUGUUUGUGAACGAAGACGAUACGACUAAGUGUAAUCCGUGCAAGGCUGAGUCUCUAGGAAGCUUCCACACCUUGGCCCACGGACAUGGCAAGAAAUCUACCACUUCCCGUAGUUUUGCGAUUUCAGAGGUGUUGGAGGAAUUGGGAGCUGAUGAUUUUGACAGCAUUUUGGUCAUUUUGGUCCCCAGAAGAGGUGUUGUGACCAUAGGUGGUGUCGAGAUUACCUUUGUUCCUAAACCUUAA